AUGACGUCGAUCUCAGCUGUUGGGGGUGUUCACGCUGGCAUGUGCCGACAUGCGGCUAACAUCCAACUUACUUCCCGCAUAAAAUCGGGGCCCGUAUUCAGCACUCAAGCUUUUGUUAUGCGCUCUUUAACGAAAUACACUCCACGACGGGCACAAUUCAGUAAGUCGUGGGAGCAUUUACGAAAUCUCAAUCUUGCAGAUGACGAUCCAACUGGAUCCGAUCCUAUUGAGGUACUCAUAGGGGCCGAUCUAUAUAGUAGAGUAAUUCGAAACGGCGUUCGCAAAGGAUCGAUCGGACAGCCUAUCGCGCAGAAUUCUUAUUUCGGCUGGGUCCUAUCGGGACCAACUACUACUCAAAGUUCAAGAUCUAGCUCAAUCAAGAAUCCGAGUCGAAUGCCACCGAAAAAAUCGAACCUCAGCAACGCGCGGAGCAGAGAGGCACGACGCAAACGUGCUGAAAGAGCUCAUCUGUCGACAGAACAAAUCUCAACAAGGAAUGCAGCUCAAAACAUCAGGACAGCGGAGGGUCGUGCACAAGAAUCUCAAAAACAGCGUGACGAACGUCUGCGACAGACUAUUGCGAGAACAAGAGCGGCACGAGAACAAAACAUAGCUACAGCACGAGCACAAGAACGACAGAGGCAGCGGACCAGCCGCUCAUUAACACGUGCAUCAUUUGUUCGUCUUGCUUUCGAAUAUGCACCAAAUAUUAACUACUCUGCGCAUUCAAAAAUUGCUAUCGGUGCAAUGGAUAAAGUAUGUCAAUAUUGUCAGGCAUUGAAAUUUCAGAAUGAAACACCCGGCAUGUGCUGCGCAUCAGGAAAAGUUGUGCUGUCAUCUCUUCCUACUCCGCCGGAACCUUUAUUAUCCCUUCUUGCUGGCGAUUCAGAUGAUUCAAAAUUAUUUUUGCGUAAGAUACGCAAAUUUAAUUCUUGCUUCCAAAUGACGUCAUUUGGGGCAACUAAAAUUUGCGAUCUCGCAUCCGAUGGACGUAAUUUUGAAACUACAUUCAAAAUACAAGGCCAGGUGUACCAUAAAAUCGGGUCAUUGAUGCCAAUGCCUGAUAAUGAUCCGAAAUUUCUUCAAAUUUAUUUUAUGGGCAAUUGUGAAGAGCGUGUGACAACUCGGUGCCAGUAUAAUUUCAUUGAACAAGCAGAGGAAAGAGCAAUUGUGAUAUUGCUGGAAAAUUUUUUAGAAGAUCAGAAUCAACUAAUUCAAUUGAUUAAAAGAGUUUCGCCACGAUUGCAAAAUGACAACUAUCAAAUCGUCAUAAAAGCCGACAAAGUCCCAUUAGGUGAACAUGCUGGCAGAUUCAACGCUCCAACUCUUGAUGAGGUUGCUGUUAUUAUGGUUGGUGAUCCAGUUGACAAAAGAGCUAUAAAAAUUACACGGCGAGACAACACUGUUAGUACGAUUUCGGAUCUACACCGUUCAUAUGACGCACUGCAAUAUCCAUUAAUAUUUUGGCAAGGACAGGAUGAAUAUCACCUUAACAUCAAACAGUGUGAUCCAAAUACCGGUGCUCAAAGAGAUAAAAAAGUUAGUUCAAUGAACUACUACGCACACCGAUUGAUGAUUAGACAUAAUCAGGACAACUACAUCCAUCGAUAUCGUCAGCUAUUCCAUCAAUACAUUGUUGAUAUGUAUGCUAAGGUUGAAAGCAAACGCUUGCGAUUCAUUCGAUACAACCAGGCUAAAUUACGAUCGGAAGAAUACAUUCACUUACGAGAUGCUGUUGUUGGAAACAUCGACGGAAAUUUAAACCCCAAUGACAUCGGUAAUGCUUUCAUUUUACCUUCAAGCUACAUCGGCAGUCCACGGAACAUGCAGGAAUACAUACAAGAUGCGAUGACUUACGUACGUCAUUACGGCCGACCAGAUUUGUUUAUAACAUUCACAUGCAAUCCGAAUUGGAAAGAGAUACAAACUUUACUAUUACCAGGACAAAAAUUUUUGGUAUCACACGUUGUUGGCUGUAUUCGAUUGAGUGGCAAAAGCGAGGUUUGCCUCAUGCCCACAUUUUAA